GGGCUGAGGCUGGAGGCAGCGCGGCGGACGGGAGGCUCGCGAUUACAGGCGACGAGUCAGCGGUCAAGUAUGUGGCCGCUACGAUAACGCCCUGCUGGAAGCUGCCAUGCGCUAACACCAUUCCUGUGGACGGAAGAGGCUGUCACCUGUUCCUGGCUGGAGUGCGGUGCGUGACGUGACCCUCCCACCCACCUUAUUAAUACUCACCUCUGGGUUCACCUGCCUGGCUGCUGGGCUCAAGGUUUCCUCCAAGAAGAUGCCAGCUCAUAAAGGUGUAGUAACACUAAAUAAUCUGUGUAUACAGAGAAUAGCACAGCUGUUCAUUGACAUAACUAAAUGGGUGAGUGAGUGCAGUCCCAGUAAGAAAAAGGAAGCUCUUGCAAGCCAGAAAACAGAAGAAAGUGAUAGAGAGCAAACGGGUGAAGACAACAACAGAAAGAUCACUGCAAGUAGGCUUAUCCAAAAAUUAAGUCAUUCUUCAAGACCUGAGCUGGUAGAGAAGAAUGGUUGUACUCAGACCACAGGAGAACACCAAACUGAAGAGUCACCACCUUCAUUAUAUGAGGAGGAGGAGGACAAAGAGAAAAAAAGAAAAAAGCAAGAGUUGGAACAGGUGUGCCGAGACAUUGGGCAAGCACUGACCUCCCACUCCCAUGUCACGCUGCACAAAACACUGUUCAGCUCCAUCAGCCUCUACCUUGAUCCCAUAUAUACAAAGGAGAAAUGCAGUCGUCGUGCAAUUCAAAGUGUGCUGGUGCUGUUCCUCAAUGCAAGCUUAAGGGAACUAGAUUUUGGAGAAAGGAGGAUGUUUUCAGAACCUGAAAUGUGUAAGGCUUUGGUUGACCAUCUACAUCAUGCAGCAAAUUUGAACAGACUUAUCAUUGGCCGAGCAUGCUACUGGAGAUCACAAAUUUUUGAAAAACUCAACCUGAAGUUAUUGCAAUUACCUCAUCUUACAGUUCUUAAAGUUCAGUAUAUCUGUACCCCAGAAAUGAUUCAUGGCCUUUCUCAGAGCUGCCCCAAUUUGUGUGACUUAUCUUUGAGAGGCUCUGAAAAAAUCACUGAUGAGGACUGUGAUGAAAUUGCCAAGUGUACAAAAUUGAAAAGCCUUGAUAUAUCUGGUACCAGAAUCACUGGUAGAGGUUGCUGGAAAAUACUGGAAUCUAUCAAAGCUCUUUCAUGGCUACAUCAUUGUGCAUUUAAUUGUAAUUCAGACUCCUUACUGUUUGAGUCUCGGACAGAGCUUUUCAACUAUGUGAAGGAACAGUUGGGUACACAUGGAGAGGAAGGAGUGGCCCAUGUUUCACGACCUGAGAUUAGUCUACAGAAUGCCAGCUUUACCCUGAAGAAUUUUUGGCUCUUCAACCCCAUCACAUAUGACCUUCUAACAACCUGCUUUUGCCCUGACCUAGAGCAGCUGCGACUCGAUUUCAUAUUCCAAGACUUGACAGAAGAACCUGAAGUUUCAAUACUUUCAUCUCUUACACAGAUAAGAAAGUUUGAAGUCAACUUUUAUGAUCAGUGUUUCUUCAACUUGGCCAGUGCAAUGCUGGAAGCCUGUGGGGAACACCUCACCAGCCUGUCCCUCCACCUGGCCGAUGACUGGUUUGUGGUUGCUCCGGUGCACAAUGUGGUGGCCAGCUCUUGUCCCAACUUAGUCACACUUCAGUUUUCUGGGGACUACAAGGUGGAGGGAGAGCGCCCUGACAGGGCUCGGCAUACUUUAGAGGAGUGUGAUGACCAGCUGGAUUUUAGUAUACCUGGGCCAGCACACCCUCAGCUGCAGCACCUGAAGGUCACGGGCGUGGUGAGUGACCAGCGGCUGCGCUUCCUGCUGAUCCAUGCCCCGGCCCUGCAGACCAUACACCUUGAUGGGGAGCUUGAGUGGCUUCAUGAUGGUACUCUGGCUGCUUCUCUCCUGAUUAAUCCAUUGCCACAUUUGGAAGAAAUUUGGUUCAAUGUGUCAACAACAGUAACACUAGCCACGGUGCGCCUUCUCCUGCAACAAGACAAUCAGCUGAGGUGCAUUGGCCGCUUGUGCCACAUGGGAGAGGCCACCAUGGGGGAAUAUCAACAGCUGCUGACACAAGUCCAUCAACACAACUUAGAUACCAAGCUGAUUUGGGUAACCGAUGAGCGCAUCAAGAAAUGAGUGUGUGAAAGGACUAGGAAGGGUAUGUUUUUAUGUAUGUAUGUGUACCAUUAUUUAUUAUGAAAUUAGUACUUUAGAUUCAAAGGUUAUAGAUUUUUACAUCAAACAUAUCUUAAGAUUUAUCCAUAAAGUUAUUAAAAGAUGUGUCCUGUAUACAUUUUAUAUAAAUGACUUUUUUUUGUUUGUUUCUAAAGCUGUUACCUACAUAUACAUAAAGUAUUUAGAUUUUCAAGUAUUUUGGCAGUAGGCUAUAUGGAAAAAAAAUAUUAGUUGAUUUAUUUAUAAAUUAUGUGCACCUGUUUACACUACUUACUGUAGACUACAUAGCACACCAACCUUUUGAAUACAAACAUUGUGAAGAAAACACUACAAUUAGUGUGCACACAAAAUUCAUUAAUGUUUAUGACUAUUUUUUGUUUACAGUAAAAGUCCAAUAAUCAAAAUGGCAGUGGACCAAAGGUCAUUCAGAUUAUCAAUUUUUUAGAGUUAUUGAAAGGAACCCAUGAAAACCAAAAAUAUACUCACAUAAUAAGAAAAUAAAAACAUCAUAUGAUGUUUUAUUACUCAUUAGUAUCCAUGGUGAUGAACAGAAAUUUUAGGUAGGCGAAUUCAUGUUAAUUAAGAGAGUAGAUCCAGAGGUAAUAAGAGCACAAGACAGUGAAGCAGGUUCACAAAAACAUCAAGCAACAAGGAGUUGAGUCAAGGCUGUCGACGCAUUCACUUAAUAUAUUCACUUUUCACUCAUUUGUAAUAAUUUUACCUAAUGUACUGUACUGUGCAAAAUUUCUGAAGCCUUCUGUGCAUGUCACUUUAAUUGUCACUUUCACUCUGUCCUCAAGCAUCGGCUGUGGACUGUCACUCAUAGAAGUCGUUGGAGCCAUCUCUGCGGCGAUACAUGGAACUGUUACAGGGUGAUAUAGGGCACUAUGCAGUCCAAAAAUGGAGCAAAUAUUCAGCUGUCAACAAAUAGGCUAAAUUUUAAUCUCUCCUGUAGUCUUCUGUUUCUCAUCCCCUCAGCUUGGUGUUGCUACAUGGAUUUGGCGUAUGAUUAAGAUUGAUUUUUUUUUCUCUUUAGAUUUUGUCUUCCACCUUAAAAAUAUUAAAUUACUGGGAUUUUCAGAUUAUUCAUGUUCAGAUUGUUGGACUUUUACUGUGCUAAUAUGUAACCAGAUAUUCACACAUUUAAUAUUUGUUCUUUUGGGGAUGUGGCUUCCUGUGCGUAUGUUUCGUCAAUACAGUAUUAAGUAUUAUAAUAGUAAUACAAAACAGACAGAAAUACAUGGCUGUGUAACUGACUAAACUUAUGUGUAUACGUAUAUAACUUUAUAUUCUAUAGAGUGAAACUCUAAAUACAUUUAUUACAUAUAUAUUUUGUGAAUUUUUAACCAGAGUUGUAUAGAACUUUAAUUAAAUUAUUUGAAAACAGC